GAUAAAAUCCUCUCUUUCUAGCUUUCCCUUUCCCUUCUUUCUUCUUUCUUUCAUUUCUUAAUUUUCUUUCCAUCCACCUUACAACCACCGCCACCGCCACCACCCACCACCGUCUCUUUAUUUGCUUCCGGUUUGGAUCUGUAUAUAUGGACUCUAGCAACAGUGGCAGUUUCCAAUCUUCAAGUGGUGGCGCCGGUGGUGGUGGUGCUGAUAAUGAAGAAUAUGAUUCAAGAACUCAGUCCAUCUCUUCCUUCUUGAAUCCUUCCACCCACUUCAACCCUAAUCUCAACCACCUUCUCCGACCACCGCCAUCAUCUUCUCACCACCACCAUCACCAUCCAACCACCGAUCAUACUGCCUUAUUUGAUCCUUCUACGACGCCAUCUUUUCCACACUCUUCAAACCCAAACCGGAACUCGAACCCACUCCACGAUCUCGAUUCCGUUUGGACCAGAGACAUACGACCGGACCCGAACCUUGCAGACUUCGGUUCAACCCGAACCCAGACCACCUUCGACACCUACCCUAUUAACCCUACUAACUCAUCAAGAAUGGAUACGAAUACAAAAACGGGUCGUGGAUCGGAUCAGCAUCAUCAUCAGGUAGGAGCAACGAUAAAGAAUCCGAAGAAACGUACACGAGCUUCACGGCGGGCACCAACCACCGUUCUCACUACCGACACCACUAACUUCCGGCAAAUGGUUCAAGAAUUCACCGGCAUCCCCACGGCACCUUUCACCGCCGCAUCCUCCCCGUUUUCUCGUCGUCUAGACCUUUUCGGUCGUGCCGGCGACGGUGGAACGGCGUCGCUUUAUCCUCUCCGGCCGUCGGCUCAGAAAAUUCAACAACAGCAGCCAUCAUUUUUGAAUUCUAUGGCCAAUAUCAUAGAGUCUGGUACUAGCAAUAAUAUUACUAACGCCACCACUUCAAGUAAUUACGAGUUACCCCCUUCUGAUAUACAUGAAUUCCAAAAACAACCCUCAACUUUGUUAGAUUUACAAAACCCAAUGUUAUCAUUCCAAUCUCUUUUACAAACCACACUUCCUCAGCAAUCCAGCCAUUUGAGUGGGUUUCCAAGUUCUUCCAAGAGAUGGAGAGGCCAAGAUGAAAAGGUAGAUAGUUUUGAGGGGGUAAUUGGUAAUACUCAAAACAUUGGUGGCUCAAAGUUAAAUUCUGGUUUAGAGAAUGUUGUGGUUUCAUCAAGAAGUGGUGGUGAUCAAGCUCAAGGUAACGAAGAUUCAUGGAUUUGCCCUUCUAAUUAAUUAUUUAAUUAGGAAUA